AUGAAUGUUGACGACCCAAUAAAUUUGGGUUUAGAGAAUAAUAUUGGCGAGGAAACUAUUAGACAUCCGCACAAUCCAGAAAGACAAAUAGAAUUUGAAGGCAUAAAUGUUGAUGACAAAAUAAAUUUGGCUUUAGAGGUGAAUAAUAUAGACGAAACUAUUGAAAAAAAGAAUUUAGAAGAGAAUGUUGAGAGCAAAAAUCUUGUUGAGGGUGGUGAAAUGAUUGGUGGGGAUAAGAUUAGGGAGGGGAAUAUUGUAGAGAAGGUGGUUGGAGACAACAUAGGUGAGAACUCAAUUGUUACACCAAAACACGAUCCAAAAGGUAUGAAUAUUGUAGACAAGAUGCUUGGAGACAACAACAUAGGUGAGAGCUCAAUUGUUACACCAAAACACAAUCCAAAAGGUAUAUCUAUUGAUUUUUCCCCUUGGUCUGAUUCAUUCAUAGAAAAAUUAGAUGAAGAUUUGUUUAGAAUAUUCUCAAACAUAAAUCCAUAUUCAAAUACAAUUCCAAAUCCAGUUGUUAAAUCUCCUGUUCCAAAAAAACUAACAUUUGAAAAUUUAGAAUUUCCUUCCUUUGAUCUUCAAAUAACCCAACUAAUGAACGAUGUAGAAACUGGUGAUAAUUCUGAGGGUAAUGAUGAAGAUGGAGAGUUAGAAGGGAAUGAAGAACAUAUUUUAGAUGAGAAUGGGAAAAAGGGUCAGAAUGUGAAUGAAAGAGGGAAAAGGAAGGUGACUAAUCCAGAUAUUUUUAGAUUACCUUUUGUGAAUAGGGUAAUUGACUUAAGUGAAAAAGUCAGUAAUGGGCAAGAGAUGAUGGCGCAAAUCAUGUUAAGAUGCGCUGGAGACAAAGAUCCAAUGGAAAUGUUGUUUGAAACCGAGUCUGUAGACAUAAUGGAUAUGGUGUAUUUUGAGGGUAUGCGUCCAAAUCAUAAGAUACAUCCUUUCGUUAUUGAUUGUUGGGCUGUUGUUCUUAAUUUUGAAGAAGAAAACCUGAGAAACAAAAAAUCACCACCACGUGUCUUUUUCAACACUCAAAUUAUGGACACAGAAAAAUUAUUGGAUUCUUUAAUACCUUUUGUCGAAAGAUUCCGACUUUUUGACGAGGCUGUAAACAAUUACUUAUAUGACAUCAAAAGAAAAGUGGAUUUCAAUUCUAUUAAUCUGGAUAAGGUUUCUUUGUUUAAAUCUGUGAAGCCAAAGAAAAUGAAAAUUGCAUGGCAAACAAAAGCUAAGACAAAUGAUGAUGGUAUAUUUUUGAUGAGGCACAUGGAAAAAUACAUGGGUGAGAAAGAAGAAAGUGGGAUGUGGAACUGGGAGAAGAAAGUGUUAGGACAUCUAAGAAGAUUGCAAAGUUGCGUACGUUUUAUGUUGCUAAGCUAG